AUGGCUUCUCCGGCGCCGCGGCGGCCGCGCCUCUGCCUUCGCGGUCUCCUACUCCCUUUGCCUGCACUUUUGCUGCCUCUUUGCGGCGCCUUCAACCUGGACGUGGACAGUCCUGCCGAAUACUCUGGCCCCGAAGGAAGUUACUUCGGCUUCGCGGUGGAUUUCUUCGUGCCCAGCGCGUCCUCUAGGAUGUCUCUUCUGGUGGGAGCCCCCAAAGCAAACACUACUCAGCCUGGUAUUGUAGAAGGAGGGCAAGUUCUCAAAUGUGACUGGUCCUCUAGCCGCCGGUGCCAGCCAAUUGAAUUUGAUGCAACAGGCAACAGAGACUAUGCCAAGGAUGACCCAUUGGAGUUUAAGUCUCAUCAAUGGUUUGGAGCAUCAGUGAGGUCAAAGCAGGAUAAAAUUUUGGCCUGUGCCCCACUGUACCACUGGAGGACGGAAAUGAAACAGGAGAGAGAGCCUGUUGGGACCUGCUUUCUUCAGGAUGGAGCCAAGACUGUUGAGUAUGCUCCAUGUAGAUCAAAAAAUAUUGAUGCUGAUGGACAGGGAUUUUGUCAAGGAGGAUUCAGCAUUGAUUUUACUAAAGCUGACAGAGUACUUCUUGGAGGUCCUGGUAGCUUUUAUUGGCAAGGUCAGCUCAUUUCAGAUCAAGUAGCAGAAAUUGUAUCCAAAUACGACCCCAAAGUUUAUAGCAUCAACUACAAUAACCAGUUGGCAACUCGGUCGGCACAAGCCAUUUUUGAUGACAGUUAUUUGGGUUACUCAGUGGCUGUUGGUGAUUUCAAUGGUGAUGGCAUAGACGACUUUGUUUCAGGAGUCCCACGAGCAGCUCGGACUUUGGGAAUGGUUUGCAUAUAUGAUGGGAAAAACAUGUCUUCCUUACACAAUUUUACUGGUGAGCAGAUGGCUGCAUAUUUCGGAUUUUCUGUAGCUGCCACUGACAUUAACGGGGAUGAUUAUGCAGAUGUGUUCAUUGGUGCACCUCUCUUCAUGGACCGGGGCUCUGAUGGCAAACUCCAGGAGGUGGGUCAGGUCUCCGUGUCUCUGCAAAGAGCUUCAGGAGACUUCCAAACGACAAAGCUGAAUGGGUUUGAGGUCUUUGCAAGGUUUGGCAGCGCUAUAGCACCUUUGGGAGAUCUGGACCAGGAUGGCUACAAUGAUAUUGCAAUUGCUGCCCCAUAUGGGGGUGAAGAUAAAAAAGGAAUUGUGUAUAUCUUCAAUGGAAAAGCAACGGGCUUGAAUGCAGUACCUUCUCAAAUUCUUGAAGGCCAUUGGGCUUCUCGUAGCAUGCCACCGAGCUUUGGCUAUUCAAUGAAAGGAGCAACAGAUAUAGACAAAAAUGGAUAUCCAGAUUUAAUUGUGGGAGCUUUUGGUGUGGACCGAGCUGUCUUAUACAGGGCCAGGCCUGUUAUCACUGUAAAUGCUGGCCUUGAUGUAUAUCCUAGCAUUUUAAACCAAGAGAAUAAGACCUGCCCACUGCCUGGCACAGCUCUCAAAGUUUCCUGUUUUAAUGUCAGAUUCUGCCUAAAGGCUGAUGGAAAAGGAGCACUUCCCAGAAUACUUACCUUCCAGGUGCAGCUUCUUUUGGAUAAACUCAAGCAAAAGGGAGCGAUUCGGCGAGCACUGUUUCUCCAUAACAGGUCCCCUGGCCACUCCAAGAACAUGACCAUUUCAAGAGGGGGGCAGAUGCAGUGUGAGGAACUGAUAGCUUAUUUGCGGGAUGAAUCUGAAUUUAGGGACAAGCUCACGCCAAUUACUAUUUUUAUGGAAUAUCGAUUAGAUUAUCGAACAGCUGCUGAUGCAACAGGCUUGCAACCUAUUCUGAACCAGUUCACUCCUGCCAACGUUAGUCGACAGGCUCACAUUCUACUUGACUGUGGUGAAGAUAAUGUUUGUAAACCCAAGCUGAAAGUUUCUGUAGAUAGUGAUCAAAAGAAGAUCUUUAUCGGGGAUGACAACCCUCUGACGUUGAUUGUUAAGGCUCAGAAUCAAGGAGAGGGUGCCUAUGAAGCAGAACUCAUUGUUUCCAUUCCACCACAAGCGGAUUUCAUCGGGGUUGUCCGAAACAGUGAAGCUUUAGCAAGACUUUCCUGUGCAUUUAAAACAGAAAACCAAACCCGCCAGGUGGUGUGUGAUCUUGGAAACCCAAUGAAGGCUGGGAUUCAACUCUUAGCUGGUCUUCGGUUCAGUGUGCACCAGCAAUCAGAGAUGGAUACUUCUGUAAAAUUUGACUUACAGAUCCAGAGCUCGAAUCUUUUUGACAGAGUAAGCCCAAUUGUAUCUUACAAAGCUGAUCUUGCUGUUUUAGCUGCCGUGGAAAUAAGAGGAGUCUCGAGUCCUGAUCACAUCUUUCUUCCGAUCCCAAACUGGGAGCACAAGGAGAACCCUGAGACUGAAGAAGAUGUUGGGCCUGUUGUUCAGCACAUUUACGAGCUGAGGAAUAAUGGUCCAAGUUCAUUCAGCAAGGCAAUGCUAAAUCUUCAGUGGCCUUACAAAUAUAACAACAACACCUUGUUGUACAUCCUUCAAUACGAUAUUGAUGGCCCAAUGAACUGUACUUCAGAUAUGGAGAUUAACCCUCUAAGAAUUAAGGUCUCAACUUCACAAGCAUCUGAAAAGAAUGACACAGUUGCCGGGCAGGGUGGCCGGAACCACCUCAUCACUAAGCGGGAUCUCACCCUCAGUGAGGGGGAUGUUCACACUUUGGGCUGUGGAAUUGCCGAAUGCUUGAAGAUUGUCUGCCAGGUUGGCCGCCUGGACCGGGGAAAGAGUGCGAUCCUGUACGUGAAGUCUCUCCUGUGGACCGAGACCUUUAUGAAUAAGGAAAACCAGAACCACUCUUAUUCACUGAAGUCAUCUGCUUCAUUUAAUGUCAUAGAGUUUCCCUAUAAAAACCUUCCAAUUGAGGACAUCUUCAACUCCACAUUGGUUACCACUAAUGUUACCUGGGGCAUUCAGCCAGCGCCCAUGCCUGUCCCUGUGUGGGUGAUCAUCCUAGCAGUUUUAGCAGGAUUGUUGUUACUGGCUGUUCUGGUGUUUGUCAUGCACAGGAUGGGCUUUUUUAAACGUGUGCGGCCCCCUCAAGAAGAACAAGAAAGGGAGCAACUUCAGCCUCAAGAAAAUAGUGAAGGAAACUCCGAAGCUUAACUGUGAUUUUUAAUUUCUCCUACAUCCUUAACCCAUGCGAUUUACUGACUUCAUUACAGAUUUAAAUUUCAUUCAUGAGGAAUGAAAAUCCAGGACUGUACUGCUGUUGAUGAUCAUUAGUGUUAACCACAAAAUAAGAGCAAUAGUCGUCAACCUUUUCUUUAUUAGUAAGUUCAGACAUACAUUUAAUAUGCAUCAGCCGACUAGUGUUUUUAGUUAUUUAAACGAUAGAUUUCAAGUGGUAGUUCUUACUCAAUGUAUAGAAGACAUGUAGUGCCCGAGUUACCACUUUACAUGAAAUAGAACCUCUCAUAAUUGCGGUUUCUUGUUAGAUUUCGGUGUGUAUUGUCAUUGUUGUUUUAAAGCACUGUUUCCCAAAGUGGGCAGUACCAUGCUCUCAGGGGUACUAGAAUGACCCAGGGGACCUGAAAAAGCAAAUACCAACACUGAAUCCUGGAUUCUGGGCUAUGGGACAAAAAUUGUUAAUUGCCGGGGGAACACUGAGCAAUUUUUUUUUUUCUGAAAAGGGGGCGGUAGGCCAAAUAAGUUUGGGAACCUAUGUUUUAAAGCAGAUGUGGACCUUAGUAUCCAUAUCUUUUGUGCAGGUACUUAAUUUUACUAUGCAUCACACUACAGUUAGCUCUUCAAUCUACUAAAGACGAUAGCUGCAUGAACUUGGGUUUUACUAUCACCUACAUGAUAAAAGAUUUUUAUUUUAAUGCAUGAUUCCAUCAAAAUUGCUUUCUUAUAAUAGCACAGGUACAAUAUUUUAAUAUGAAAAUUGGGUACAUGCUAUAAUUUUUAUUUCUAUUUAAACUUCAACCUAUUUUAUUACAUAUUAACUUAUAAAGGUGUAAGCUCACUAUCAAAAUGUAUUUCUAUGAUCAAAAACACCCUCCUUGUAUAAUAUCUUAAUUUCAUCGAAAUAUUAAGAUACUUAGAGCCAUAUGGGGUUUGAAAUCACUUCCAAAAUACAUCUAAUUCCAUUGUUUUCUUCUGGCUAUUUACAAUAGGAGAAAAAGGCAUUAUAAUGCAAGAUGAUGUUUGUAGUUCUUUGAUAUAGUUGCUUAUUCAUAGUUAUGUUCAUAGAUUAGAGUUUUGGUUGGGAUUAAUUUAUUUUCCUUCUUUAUAUGUAUUUUCUGUGUGUUUCCAAAACUGUUCAUGAGAACGGGUUAAGAUCAAUGAGAUAUUCUUACAAUUUACCAAAAGCCUUUCCCCAGCCCUCAUCCCCCUAUCUCAUGAGAAAUGUUUGCAAUCAAAACUCUUAGGUAGCUCAUUGGUUUAUUUCUAGCAAUAACAUAAUUCUAAUCUCAGCUGUUACCUCUGUCCAAGCAAGGUAAAGCCUCAACUAUCAAAAUUACUUUUAAAAAGUAUUUUUCUGACAAAUUUGUUACUGAAAAUCUUUCUUACGUUUUUUAACAAGAACUACUUUUUGAAGAUCCCCCCCUCACUGCCAUAGAGUGGAUGCCAACUCAUAGUGACCCUGAAACUGCCCCUGUGGGUUUUCAAGACUAAGAUUGUUAAAGGAGUAGAAAGCCUCAUCUUUCUCCUUAGGAGCAGCUGGUGGGCUCUUUGCGGUUAACAGCUCACCUGGUGAUUGUGGUAGCAGCUCAGCCUGUAACCCACUCUGCCACCGGGGCUCCCUUUUCUAGGGUAUCUUUAUUAAAACUUUUAACCUGGCAAGUUAGUUUCAUAUGGUAGGGUGCUCAGUAUUCUAGAGGAACAGGGUGCUCAAUAUUCAAGAAGAACGUAAUUCUUUCACAGUUUUUCAAGGCCUGGGCAUGACUAUCAAUUAUACCUAUUUUUGUAUCAUUACAUCAUGUUGUUCAUUGGAAAUUGAGGUUGAAUAGCUUUUCAAUGGUUGCCCUCAUUGGGCAGUGAUAAAUACUUUCCUUAAAUAAUCAACUUUUUUUGCCUUAAACAUUAUUGAAGUUUAUUUUGCCGUAUCUUGUGAUAUAAUUGCAUUCAUAAGUGCAGAAAUGAAUCUUCAGAAUUUAAUCAUAAAAUAGAAGCACAUUUAGGUGCGUUACACAAAUUAAGACAUUGACUAGACCUGCUGUUGCUGUUAGAUGCCACCUGUGUAACAGAACAGAAACUACCCAAUCCUGUGCCAGCCUCACGAUUGUUCCUAUGUCUGAGCCCAUUGUUGCACCUACUGUAUCAAUCCAUCUCUCUCAUUGAGGACCUCCCUCUGGUUCUCUUGACUCUCUACCAAGCAUGACCUCUUUCUCCAAGGACUCGCCCCUCCUGAUGAUAUAUCCAAUAUUUAUAUAUCUAGAUAUAGUACAUUUCAAAUUGAUGACUUUUGGAUUACAGGUUUUAUUAAUAGCUUAAGUGAUCAUAUACAAGAGUAUUUUUAUUACCAAUGACUUUGUAAUUUUCUACAAAAAAAUAUUUUUAUUCUAGGUGCAAAUAUAUACAUCCACUAACUCUGUAACAGCUUUGAUUUUCGGUCUUUCCGCCUAGUAGCAGCCAUUCCUGAAAAGAUGUGCCAGAUAGGUACUGUAUGACUAAAAGGGCAGUAUUUGCUCCCCCACCCCAACCCCAUUUGUUCUCUUGCCAGGUACUAUGCUGUAUUGGGAUCUAAGCGAUGUUGUUAAUUGGAAAUUAACACAAUGGUUUAAAUUACUUUCAGAUAAUGGGAUUUAAAGCGAAAUCAUCUUUUCUUUUUUCUUUCUACAAUAUAAAAAUAUGGUAGAAGUAUACUUUGAAAGCCAACUCUUUGAGGAAAAUAUUGAGAAACUUUUUGUUCCCCUUAAAGUAGCACAUCAGAAAAAAAAAGUAGCACAUCAGUUUAUUUGAUUAAACUAUCACACACACACAAAAUUCCAAUGAGAAAGAUGUACUUACAUUCUAACACUUAAAAUAUCACCAUCUUGGUGAUUUAUUAAAAUUAGAGUCCAUUUUGAAGUAUAAAAGUCUUAUAAACUGAGUUAGUUUUAAAAGUACAUAUAAAUGAAAUAGUAUAAAACUAUAAAGUUUUAGGCAGUUACUUGAAAAUUCAUAUUUGAGAGGAAAUUAAUGUGAGCAUCGAUGUUUUUCUCUAUCCUUGCUUUUAUUUUAUGGUUAUUAUUGUAAUUCUGAUUAAAUCUGAUUCCAAAGGAUAAAGCAAUUCAUCAAAAUUUGAUUGUCAGAGCUUAUUUACAGUGAAUUCUCAUGAACAUAAUUUAUGUUUAUAUAAAUAGAGAAUUCAAAUAUUAGUUAAAAAAAUGACACUGGCUUUAUAAUAGGACUCAAAGUUUCUGAUGGUGAAUCAUGAUCCUAAGAGAUGUACACGACAUAAUACACACAGGCCACCUGGUUUGUGUAAGUCAAGCAGAACCUGUAAGUUGAUCAAUGUUCUUACAUGCAGGAUGUUAGCUAAGCCAGGAAGAUUAAGUCAUUCUUGGAAUAUCUCUGAGGACCUUUGCUUAUCCCAGAGUCACCUUGUUUGUACUCUUGGAUAUACCAUGUAUGUAGAUGUUUGAUGGAAGAGGAAUGUAUACAAAACUUGCAAAUUGAGUAUAGGAUUAAAAAGAAAUGGCAUGGCCUAGUAAUCUGUGCUUUGGAGAGCAUCCCUUCUAACUAAAUGUGGGUUAGAUUCCAGGAUGAACCUAUGGACAUGCAGUUUAUAAUGUGUAUUUCAUGGUUGUUUCUGAUGCCUCAUGAGCAUCUUGGGGUAGGUACUAAAUCUUUAAUAUUUUUGUUGUCAGUCCUCAAGUGCAAUAUAACAUGUAAACAAACCUAGAUAAUUUCAAAAUCCUUAUUAAUGUAGUAAACCUAAUGGAAAUGGAAAUGAUCAAUUGAACUCUCUCAUACCUGUUUUGAAACACUUUCAAAUGUUUUCAGGUAACUUGGAGCUGUGCCUAUCAAUUUAAUAUGAUACCCAAGUAACAUAGAAAGUAGUUUUCUUUGUGUAGAUUCUCUUGAUUACCCACAUUGGGUGAAACAUAAAGGGGUUGAUGUCUAAAAUUUGUCAUUUGCUAACUGGUUUGAGUUAGUAGAAAAUUGGUACAGUGUUCUUUUGACUUUCCAAUGUGUAGCUUGUGACUGUUCAAUAAAACUGAACAUUGGUGCCA